UCGGAGGCGUCAAUCCGUGCAUGUGUUGGCUCUAUCAAAAUAAUGGACACAGGAUUCUUCAUUGAAGUGGUUUACAACUUGAAGUCAACUAUUUUUUAUCUUGCCGCUGUUGUAAAGUUUGGGAUUACCUUUAAUCAGAACAGGUGUGUUAGACAUAAGGAUCAGUGAUGAUUUGUGAUGAAGUAUAAGGAUGUAGCUCCUCUGGACAAAACAUGUUGACCAUCUGUGAAUUGAGUAUGGAUUUAUACAGUUUAUUGUUAUAACAAUUAUGCGUUUUCAAGUGACAUUUCAACACUUUUUUCAAUUUAGACAAAGUGUUCGCGUGUUAUCCAAGACAGAUAUAGAAAUAUUCUUGUUCAUAUAAAAUAUAUGAAUUUGUGGCCUCCGACAGACUGUGACGUUUCUAGUCCAAGUUACAACUGGUGCAACAUGGCGACAAAUACCAGCUCGCUAGAAAUUACGACUAUGUCACCAUUUCCCGACAACACGUCGUCGAUGACCACAGUCCAAUCUUCAACAAAGGCUGCAGAUGUCCAGAACGCGCCAACUUGGGACGAUGCUACAUGGAUUCUAACAAGUUCCUUCAUCAUAUUUACCAUGCAGUCAGGGUUUGGGCUCUUGGAGAGUGGAUUUGCCGGAUGUAAAAAUGAAGUCAACGUCAUGGCCAAAAACGUCGCGGAUGUUAUUUUUGGCGGAAUAUCCUACUGGAUGUUUGGCUAUGGAUUAAGUUUUGGAACUGACCCAGGAACUAACGCAUUUUGUGGAGUUGGGCGUUUCUUUCUAAAUCCAGAUGACUCUGUAAUGGGCGAGGAGUACUCUCGGUUCGUAUUUCAAGCUUCAUUUGCUACAACAGCUACAACAAUUGUUUCAGGAGCUAUGGCGGAAAGAACCAAAUUUACAGCGUACAUUAUAUUUUCCUUUUUCAACACAUUUGUGUAUUGCUUCCCGGCGCAUUGGAUGUGGGCGGAGACAGGAUUCCUGAAGAAUUUAGACGUCGUCGAUGUAGCUGGGGACGGGCCUGUUCAUGUGGUGGGUGGCACCACGGCCCUAGUGGCGGCUAUCAUGAUCAAACCCAGGGUGGACAGAUUCACAAGCCAGAACAACCAUCGCAUGGGGAACCCAACAAAUGCUUUAUUAGGAACAUUCAUGUUAUGGUGGGGAUGGCUUGCGUUUAACUGUGGGAGCACAUAUGGCAUAAGUGAUGGCAAAUGGAAAAUCGCUGCCAGGAGUGCUGCCACUACCCUAAUGUCUGCCUCGGGUGGUGGUAUAACGGCAUUCGUCGCCAGUUAUAUUGUCAACAAGAGGAUUUUUGAAAUCGGCUACAUUGUGAAUGGAGUGUUGGGUGCCUUGGUCUCAAUAACGGCUAUCUGCGCGGUGACUGGCACAUGGGAAUCCCUCAUCAUUGGAGCAAUCGGUGCCUUGUUAGCCUGCGCAGCUGACGCUCUCUUACACCGUUUGCACAUCGAUGACCCAGUGGCAGCAUUUCCGGUUCAUGGAGUUUGCGGGGCAUGGGGAUUACUCGCACCUGGAUUCUUUGCACACGAGGACACGAUAACUAUGUCGUUUUCAAAGCGCAACGGUUUAGUCCGGGGCGGAGGGUUCUACCUCCUUGGAGUACAACUUUUAGCGCUAUUAACACUAGUGGCGUGGUCGGCGUUUAUUUCAUUUGUGUUCCUGAAGAUCAUUGAUCUCACAGUGGGACUCCGACUGUCCCUAGAGGACGAACUGUUAGGAGCGGACUUCGUGGAACACAAUAUAGGAAGCAACCGUCAGAUGAUCGAGGUGAAGGCAUCGGAUAGGGUAAACAACCAGAACAAGAUAGAGCCAACAAAGCUUGAAAAUGGUGUCGAAGAGAGGACGAAGGAAAACGACAAACCAUACUCAUCCCAAAUAUGUUUGAUAAGUUACAGAGCCAACAACGAAAUGUGAUCAUAACCGGGCAAGAUAAUGUUGACUGACUUCGAUAAUAAGGAGAAACUCCUAAUCAACAAGAGAAUUUCCGCUUGGUGCUUGCGUUAUCUGAUACACAUCAUGAUGAUGAGGAUGAUAAAGCUGUGAUUCCAGGAAGUUAAACCUUUCAUGCAAACGUUCAUAUUUGUCCCAAGAGUUAUUAUUAUUACUGUAGGAACAAUGCGAAGUCAAAUCGAAGCGACACACUCGAAAGUCCAACACUUACCUUGAUUAAUUCCCAACCACUUUUAUGUAUGCAACGUGAAUGCAUUUAUAAACAUUGUGAUAUAUUGGACGGCUCAUGUUAGUUUCAGUCGGUGGAAGAGGAUUGACAAGUGGGCUCGGUAGGGACAAAACAUAAGAGGUUAUUAGGUAUUGUUGAGGAAUCCUGUAUUUGUUUGAUCUUAACGUAGAGCCACCCACUGUUACUGAAUUCACAAAGCGUCAAAUACGUAACCAUAUAUUCAGAUUUGGAACACCUACUUUACUAUGUGCGUAAACAAUAUGAAAAAAGUGAAUAAUCUACCUUCACCAGACGAAAAUGCAUAUUAUCUACCUUCACCAGACGAAAUGUAUAAUGUAAUAUACUGUGCUUCUAUAUAUGUUCACUAUAUGUAAAUAGUCAUUGUUAUACAAUCAACAGUUUUCACGUUCAGUUGUGGCAUUGUGACUGUGUGAAUGAAUGUGUUUAACAAUAUUCUAACCUUAUUUCUGUGGUCUGUAGGUAAUCCAGGAUGGGCCAUAAACAGCCCACUGAUGCAUUCAGUGUAGAAUGACACAAUCAGCCACUUCACAUUUUGUGCUCACACAAUUGUCACCAAAGCCGCCUCUUGGUUUUAGUUUAAACAUAUCUAAAUUACAUGAAAAGGAUUGGGCACAAGUUAUGACUACUUCAUUAGAUCGCCUUCUCCUAUAGAUUUACAAGUAUGCUUUUUAACAACUCAUACAUUAAUGACAGAAAGGGAAAAGAGAAAUAGAUAAACUUUGACUCAAACCUUUUUUUUUUCUUUAAAUAUAUAUGUACAUUCCUAAAGAUGUUUUCGAUGACGUGAUUAGGUAAAUCUGCAUUGUCAACUAGCAUCAAAUUAAUAUUGACAUCACAAGUAUAUUUCACAAUUAACGAAAGUGAGUGAAUAAAAAUCGUUUCCAGGUAAUUUUUAAAAAAAUAGACAUUUCCCAGGGCAGCCACAUCGACGGUUUGGAUCCUCGUUUAAACUUAUCUUAAUUAAUCAUGUUUAAUUCACUAUCACCAUGUCUUAAUAAUUAUUGUGUAUGUACAAAGUAUAAUGAAUAUUUUUCUGAGACCAUAUGAGAAACACGAUGGGACUGUAGAUUUAGCAUCUUUGAUGUAGUUUUAAUGACUGAAUCAAUAUGACAUGACCACUUGCCUGAUGACGACAAGAUAACACCCAGGUAUUUGUGUGUUUUACCAUUUUUAGUUUUUUCUUCAUCCCAAAAAAUAAUUUGGAGUUCGAUGCAGUCCUUUUGUGGAAAACAGAAUUCGGUUUUGUUUUGCUGAGAUUAUAAACAUUUAGCCUGUCUGGAGCCCAUUCGUUUAUUUUGUUUAAAUUACCAUUCGUAGUAGUUUUAAAUUAUAUGCCCGGGGAUGUAUCGUCACCACAUUGUCUUGUUAAACGGGUCGGUUUAUCAGUUAUAUCAUUGAUGUACACACAAACACAGGAAAAGGCCUAAAACCGAACAAUGUGGUACACUUGAAUUUAGGUACCCGUUAUCAGUUAAAUAUUAACAUAUGACUUUACUUGCUACUGUAUGUUUUAAAUUUUACUACUUAUGCGAUCUGAAGCUUUAUUCAAAAUGAGAUAAUAUAUUAUAUAACUUAGUUGACACGUAGCAAUCUUAACAAUCCUGUUUUUCACAUAGGGAUUUACAUCUCUUUUCGCAAGCAUGGUAAAUACAUUUUCACAUUAUAGAUAUCAUUUGUGAGAAGACGUUUCUUAAAAUUAAGAAUAUUAACAUGUAAAUGUUGAAAUGAAAUUCAUCUUCUACACCGAUUUUACAUAAUAAUGGACAUAUUCUCAGGGAAAUAUCAAUUUUUGCCACCCACCUUCGUUUAUUUUUGUCGUAGCCCUGCUCUGAAUUAAACUAAUAUUUUUCGAAGCUUGACGUCAACAAUAGCAUUUAGGUAUUUUUUGGGUGCAUGCACGAUAUUAAGUUUCCUAUAUAAACUAUAACUUAAACUCCCUUCAAGUAUCGAUCUCCAAUUUUGAUAUAAAAAAUAACUAUUGUGCGUAUCGUUAAAAUGUUAGUAACUUAUACGGAAUUCCAACAGUAUGUGACAGCCGAACAAACCCAAAUCCAUACGAGAAAAGUAAAUGUCAGAUUUUGGAAGCUGUCCAUUAUUGCCCAUAUAUAAUAACACAUUAUAAGCUUUUUGUGCAUUGACAAAAGUUUUAGCCAAUAUUUGAUGCUGCAGGCAGCUAACUUUAUAUGAAUUGGAAAACGGACGCAUUCACUGUCCUUUUUUGCUGUUGUUUAUCCUGCAAUUUUAAGUAACUUAUUCCUUUUCCUUAUUUCUCUCCGUAAUUCAGAAUCAAACCGUGGUUUAUCGUUUUGUCGUAUUGUAACAUACAUUUUUUAUAUUUAAAUUUUGAGUAAAGACAUUCAAUAUAUUCAUCAAUAUAUACCUAAACAUUUUUUAAAAGGGUCAGUCCAAUUUAUUUUAUUCAGCUCUUCCAUAUAACACCAUACAUCUCCAGUAAAUGAUGAUUCGGUUGAUAAAUGUGUUUUCAUUAAUAUAUACGUGCCUCUAUAGACAAUAAUCAAAUCAGUCAUUUCAGAAUCAUCGACAGAAACAUCUUCACUUACAGUUAUCAAAUCUAGUAAAGUACUCGUUGCUUCAGAAAUCCACAUUGGUUCAUUUAUCAAAUUGCCUACAGUUUUCCUGUCUUACAUUACAUUAACAAGUCUUUUCAGUUGUCACAAGAUUUUGUCACUAAUAUCUCCGACAAUCACUAAAUGUAAUAUGUAAUAAAAUGUAAUAUCGAACGCAUCAUCAAUACUGUCGUCUUGGCGAUUCCAGGAAUAAUUCUUAUUUUACUCGGCUCUGUAUAACGUACACAACACGCAAUAUUAUUGAUUUCUUAGGUAGAGAUAUAGUUUCAUCAUGAACAUUUUCUCAUACAGUCAUUCUUUUAUAUCCUAACGUCUCAUGUCUCAUGCAUUUGUACGUUUUCUUGUAGGAUCAUGUUAGUCUUGCGAUCGCAUAACAUCGUUAUUGAUUUUAUCAUCUUGGGAGUUUCAGUGAAACGAACAACAUGAAAGUCAAAACAAUACUGGAAAAGGUAACUUUUGCGUACACUUCUUGUGUUGAGGUGAAAUACAGACACGUAAAUCUCAUACUGUUAACUUUCAUGGUUAAGUGGGCCCGGGUUAAGCUCCACUUCCCCGGCAAGCUGUAGAUACAACAACAGCAAUAAAACAAUGUUUAU